CCAAGACGCGCAGCCCUCUCCGGUCAGAGGCGCUGCCCAGGGGCUCGGAGACACCAAUUAGAGCUGCUGGACUGAGUUAUGCGCACUUCCUCAACUUCAUCUCUUUUGUUUUUCUCCUCCUGAACCCCCCAUCCUCUGUCACGAUUCCCCCCCAGAGAGACUCCACGGAUCUGCUGUCGUCCAUUGGUCCCCGAACGGCUCGGAGGAGGUGGUCGGUGGUCUUUCUGGUGACCGCCGUCGCGAUGGUUCUGCUGGCUCUGGCCGUUGCCGUCCCGUUACUGCUGCUGCGCACCUCUGAGACCUCCGCUCAUUACUACGAGAUGAUGGGCACCUGCCGGAUGGUUUGCGACCCAUACAGCCCCAAACCGGGCAGCGCCACUGCCAUGGAGGUGAUCCAGAACGUGAACGGUGUCGCUCCGCAGCCGCCGAUGGCGCAAGGGAGCCGCGGGGAGCCGGGACGACCGGGCAAACCCGGACCUAGGGGCCCGCCGGGAGAGCCAGGACCCCCGGGUCCGAGGGGACCACCGGGAGAGCGCAGCGAAGGUAAACUCACCUUCCCUGCGGUCACCGGAGCCGCGGGGUCUGAAAACGCAGAAACGGACGGUGGGAACUCCACGGGAAGCGGCUUCAGGAUCGCGUUUUACGUCGGUCUGAAGAAUCCACACGAGGGAUAUGAGGUGUUAAAGUUUGACGACGUGAUUACAAACUUGGGGAACCACUACGAUCAGAGCACCGGGAAGUUCACCUGCCAUGUGCCGGGGAUCUAUUUCUUCACUUACCAUGUGCUGAUGCGGGGAGGAGACGGGACCAGUAUGUGGGCCGACCUGUGCAAAAACGGACAGGUUCGGGCCAGUGCCAUUGCUCAGGAUGCAGACCAGAACUACGAUUACGCCAGCAACAGCGCCGUGCUGCAUUUGGACUCUGGGGAUGAGGUCUACGUCAAACUGGAUGGUGGCAAAGCUCACGGAGGCAAUAACAACAAGUACAGCACCUUCUCCGGCUUUAUCUUAUACCCCGAUUAAACUCUGCAGCAGGUCCUUGGACAGUAAUCAUCACUGAAAAUUGUCUCCAGUAAAGUAUUCGAUCAAAUAUGUUCCUCUUGUUUUACAGAUAGGUGCCACACUGACAGACUUAUCUGCAGCUGUACGUUCAGUUCAUUUAGUGAAACACCCUUUUGGAUAUACGGUAUAUUUAUUUUCAUUUCAACCGGGAUUUGCUGUCAUCAGUGAGUCUGUGAAAUGUUAGUAUGAGAAAGCUCAUGUUCCAGGUCAUUUUGAGCACCCUUUAACUGCCCCUGGGAGAAAAUAUGACAUGGGUUCCCUUCUAAAAUGCUUUGGGGAGAAUGAUACCAGGCCCUAAGACUUCAUUACUGCUGACAGGCUGACAGGUUCUUAUGGAGAGCUGUGUGUAAUAACAGUAUGAGGGAAAUGCAGCUAAAUAAAAGUGUAAACUGAAUGUCAGAUAAGCCGUUUUGAGAGAAGACCGAUCAUAUUGGGCCUAAACAGUGAAAUCUUAUGGCAAACUCCCUGCGAAAAGUGAAUUUACUUAAGAAGAUCACAGUAAAUAAACUGUUAGUACGUGUGUUUCCAUUAAUCUAUCAACUGAAUUUAAAGCAAACUUGUCAAGUAUUGCAAAAAUGUGGGGAAAAAAAGCAGAUUAGGCUUGUUUCCAUUACCUGCUUUGGAGCGAAGCGUUGUCAGAAGGUGGCGAUACCGGCCUGGAAUGAAACAAAGUAGAAGUAGAGGUCACUUUGUCGACUGUCAAAAAACCUCGAAGAAGAAAUAAAACUUAUCUAUGUAAGAGUAAUGCUCAACUAUUCAGAAAACUCUUUUCAAAAGCUGCUUAAAGGGAGCAUAAAAACCUCUGGUAAAAUUUAGAAGGUUUCAUGGAAUUUUAAAGUUUCCAUUAAGCUUAAUGCAACAUGUUAAUUUGCAUGUCGAAAUUUGUUAGGUAAACACGGCUAACUGUGAAUUUGUUUUCCUGUUCGCAACUGAGCUAACAAGCUAGCUAGCUAUCAGUUAGCUCGCUCAAAACCAGAAGAGACUUAUUGUUCCCCUCAGUCUUCAAAACAAAUUUUUUAUUGAACGAAAUGAUGCACAGUCCCAGGGAACAAAAUUCCACAAAAAUAAACAGCGAGCAUAGAGAAAAUAGAAAAAGCUAACUAACAUCUUAGCAGUUAGCUUAGCAGGUAAAGGACUUUCCCGCCUUGCUUUGUUAUAGAGAAGUGGUUCUAAAGGCUUGUAUGCAUAGUACAAGAUUUUAAAACCACAUAUUUCACAAAGACAGCCAUGUGUGUGGUAUCAUACAGACACCUUAUUAUUUUCUUAUUUUAAAAGUGCAGUUUUAUUUCUUCUUUCCCCGACUAUGAAACAAACACGUCAUCAAUAUGCAUGCAUGGCAAAAUGGGAGCAGCUUAAAGGUUAGGCGAACAUUUUUUCUCGUCCAUCUUCUUUCUAUUCAUGUUAACAUAGACUCCUACAGCCUUCUAUUAGCUUCAGAUAAGCUUUCAAUGAUAUUUUUUGCACAGAAUGAGCACUUUGGAUUUAUCCCCAUCUCUUGCACUGGAAGCCUGUUAGGAAAUGAUCUUGUAAUGGCCUGUAUGAGCAGGAGGAGUUAGCAAAAAGUCUUUUAAUGUUCAUUUCACUGUUUAAAGACAGACCAGAAAAAUGUGAAUCUAACUUCUAAGCAGCCCUGCAGUAUAUUGAAAUCUUGAAAUUGUCAGUGAAAACCGCCAAAGCUGAAAGACUUCAUAUCCUACAUUCAUUAAGUAAGACUCAAAAAGUUCCAACCGAGUGCUUUGAUUGCAAUAGCGAGCAAAACUGUGGUGCUUUGAGUAGUGUUCAGUGUUUCACACAGUAACCAGUCACUACACAUGAAAGAUACAAAUGAAUCUGUUCUAUUUUGUUCUCAUAUGUGCCAAUAAAUACUAUUUGACAAAAA